UCGAAGUCAAUUAAUCGAUUAUCUCGAUUAUUAAGUGAGUCAGCUAUCGAUGAAAAAUUAAUCGAUUAGUGAGUCGAUUAAUCGAUUAAUCGAAAUAAUCGAUUAAUUUGCGACAACCCUACACGUCGUCCGCCAUUUGUGUUUGCCUGGAAGCACCUCCUGCCAAUUUUGGGAUUUAUAAUUGGAUUUUUCAGCCCGAAAUCGCGUUAAAUUUGAACUGUUUCCGUCGCCGAACGUAAGUACAGUGGGCCGUUGUCCGAUGGGUGAUAAUUAUCGCUGAAAAUGGUUCGAACUACACGCACAUCGGCAGCGGUGAAAAACUCCACCCUGGCAAGUGGAGGCAGCAGUAGCGCUAGCAGUACUGAUAGUGAUAAGGGUGAGGCUCCGCCUCCGGAAGACAGCGGAAAUGUUGCGGGGACGGAUGAGAUGAGCGCUGGAGCAGUGGAUGAAGCGGCCUUGUCUUCCAAGAUGAGAGCGUCUGUGGUGCUGGAGAAGUUACCGAUGGAGCAGAUUAGUCCUUCCGGGCCUUCGGCGGGGUCCGGAAGUGCUCGCAAGGGUGCGCGGGGACGAAAAAAAUCGAUCGGACCGCCAAGGGCUACCCGGAGCCAACAGAGAGUGCGCCUAACUUCGGCGAUGGAGGAGAAGGAAGACUCCAAUGAUGAUGGACUGGUUGAGUUGAUCGAGAUUGUGGAUGAAGAUUCAAAGUCGCACGAGGGAAGUAAUAUGACGCCAUCGGAGGUGUCUGAAUCGACGUCCAUGGCGGUGGAGAAGGAACUGGAAGAGCCGAAGGAAGCGAAAAUGGAGAUUGAUAAGGAAUCAGAAGAGCUGACGGUUCAGAUUGAUAAGAAAUCUGAUGAGGAUGAAGCAUCCAAUACCGGUAGUGGCAGCGGACCUUCAGUUCCACCGGAAAACGAAGGAGAAAGUAGUUCGAAAACUGAAUUGAUCGGCACCCGCAAAUCCAAACGGCAAGUCAAAGUGACGAAUAAGUUUCGAGAUUUUGUGGUGGACGCCCCUCUGCCAUCGUCUCAGGUGCCGUACGCCGAUGUAAAGCUGGCCCGCAGUAACGGAGGUGGUCGGAAGAGUCUACCCACUAAGGAGCCGGAAGUGAUGUCCUCGAGCGAAGAUUUGUCUCCGGAUUCGCCACCAACAAUGCUUUUUCCUCCGUUGCGAACCUACGGAAGUAAGAAGAAAGACAAGGAGGAAGAGGUGGACGGAACCAGACGAAGACCCACGCGUGCAUGCACCCCGAUUCCACGUGAAAGAUUUCGCAAGAAACGAACCAAGUCAAUCGUUGGGGAAGGAAGCUCCUUGGAUUGGGCGAUUGAUAGCAUUACGCUAUCUUCAUUUGAAGAUCCAAACGAUUCAACGUUAACUUGUAACUUUGAUAGCAGCUAUUUUUCGGAUGACGAUCUGUAUGGAUUCGAUAGUCCUUCACCGGAGGAGUUCUGCGGCUGGCCGGAAGAGGAGUUCACCAACGUUGAAGCGGGUCCUUCGGGCUCUUCGCUGUCGUCGAUGAUGUCAUUCAGAUCAUUAACGAUUCAACCGUCAGAGGAAGACACCUCCGGAAUUGAAGACAAAUCCGAGGUGGAAGUCGUAACGAAGAAGCGAAGGGGACGGCCAGCAAAAACGGCGACCACACCGCAGCCGAUUAUUCCGGUGCAGGAUGACCGAGAGCGUCCGGCGGGAUCUAUGUUCAUCAAAAGAUCAUACAAAACGACAAGAAGCAGCGCAGCAGCGGCUUCGGUCAAGACAGUCGACGUAUCCCCGGAAGUGAAAGCACCGGAAGCAGUCGAGGAGAAGAUUCAACCAAAAGAGGAACCUCCAAUAAUGAUUGAAGAACGGGAGGAGCCUGCGGAAACAACAGUCAAUACGACCGCUGAAAGCGAGGAUGUUCUGGAUGAUGCCAUGGAAAUUGUCCUCCAAGCCGAUGAGAUCAUAAUGGAUGAUCAGGAGGAAGCAAUGACUCCGGUGGUUCCUAUUGCUCCAAAACCAUUCAGGAAACGGCGCAUUCGCGGAGGCACUCGACCUACACCGGCGGAUGGGCCACGUAGAGGACGAAGUCGGAGGGAUACGGCUCCGAGUGCGGAAGAAGACACCGUUGAAGUGAUAAAGCCCGUCGACGAAGAUGAGGAAUCUGAGGAGUUGAAGGUGCAGAUGUCAGUGCCAGAAGAAGCUUCAGAGGUUGCGAUGGAGGUCGAUGCUUCGGUUAAACCUGUUGUGGAGGAAUCUACUGCUCCAAUGGAAGUCGAACCCGAAGUUGCUAUUGAGCAGACACCAGCUGAAGUGAAGGUAGAACCGGAAACAGUAACUCCGACUCCAGCAGUGGUACAAGAAGCGGAAAAGACGUCAAAAAAGACACCAACGAAAGAAUCGCGACGGAAGUCUACCUCGGAGCGUAGGAAAUCCACGCACAGUCCUAGGAGAUUGAAGGUAGAGCCUGUUGAACAGGCUACAAAGGAACCAGAAACGUGCAGGGAAGUAAUCGAACCAGUGAAGGUUGAACAGGUUGAACCGAUUGUGACGGAACAGAAAGAAGCGACGCCAUGUGAACCAGAAAAGGAGCAAACCAAAGAAGAAGUACGCGUCAAGAUAAAAGAAGAACCACCAUUGGAAGUUCAAACAGUGCCCAAAGCAGAUGCCUCCUCAAUAACACCGAAAGAGCAGAAGAAAUCAUCAAAAGAAGGUCGUGAAUCUCGCAAAGAUUCGAGGAAGUCCAAGAAUCGCGAAAGGGAACACUCCUCCAAAGAUAAGCGAGAAAGAGAACCAUCGAAGAGCCGCUCCAGCAGUAGCAGUAACAAGGAUCGCAGUAAGGAUAAAGAUCGCGACAAGGACAAAGAUCGGGAUAAGGACAAAGAUCGCAAGCGAUCGUCUGACAAAAAAGAGCGCCGAUCCGAAACAGAUAAGAAGCCAGACGUGGAGAAGAAACGUCCAGCAGAGGUGGUCGUUGAGAAGAAACCGACCGAACUGGAAAAGAAGGAAGAGAUAAUGAAGCCUCCAACGCCCGUACCGAAGCAGUCCGAUAAGCCGAAAAAGUGCUUCGAUAGCGAGCUGCAAGCUCUGGAUUCGACUUCGAAGCAGCCGAAAUCAGCGGAGGACGUGAAGCGAUCGUCGAAAGAAAUGGAAAAGCCAUCACGCAAAUCGGACAAGCAUAGUAAACGUCGCAGCGAGUCGGAGACGAAGAAGAAGCAUAGCAGCAGUGAACAGAAAGCGAAGGAAUCGAAGGAGAAGAGUCGUUCGACGGAUUGCUCACCGGUUCCGAGCAAGGUUGGAUCCUCGAAGAAGUCCUCUAAAGAGUCCUCCUCCAGCGGUAAGCGAGAAUCUUCUAGCAGCUCAAAGUCGCGCAAGAGUUUGAAGGACGAUAAGCCGAAGGAAAAGGAGAAGCCUAAGGAUAAACCGGUAGAGCUUCCGCCGCCGGUCGAGGUGAAAACGGUGCAACCUGAACCACCCCAACCGGAAGAAGUUCCAGUUAAGGAAGAACCGGAAGUCCAGCCCGUAGUGAAAGAAGAACUUCCACCGCCGGAACCGCCUCGGAUUGUGACCAAGGCGUCGCGGAAGAUGUACCAAAAUGACGAGGAGCUUAAGAUCAUCACAUCUUCUCAGGAAUCCCUAGUCGCCGAAUCGCCGGUCAUUGUUCCAAAGGAAGAACCAACAGUUUUGGAAACUCCCGAUGUUCAGGAAAUCUCCGAAGCGUUCGAGGCCAGCGUGAACAUUUCCGGUCCCCGCCCGGAAGUUGCCCUCAAAGAGUUCGAAAACAUUACGCUCUCCGACGAAAAACCCUCGGAAGAGGCCGUCAAGGUAGAGGAAGAUCCAUUGGUACUUGAGACGGAACCGAGCUCGCCUCCUCCUGCGUCGCAGGAGUCCAAUGACGAUUCCAAUUCCAACAACAGCUCCAACACGGAAGGAGCUGCAAAAGAUGCAAAGACGGAACCGCAGGACGAUGCCAACAUCCGGAGAUCGUCCCGCAUCAAGACUAUCAGUUCGCAGAAGCAACGAACCAGCGGCCACGGGUUGGUCAAGGAUAGGGAUAAGUUGUUCAAGAAGACCAAUAUUUCGCUGGGCAUCGAUUCGAAGGUCGUUAAGGAUGCCUUGACUGGGAAUUUCAACGUCAUUUCGGCGGGCGAUAUUUCGGGAAUGGAAAUGACGGUACCCAACGAACAGGACGCCUAUGUGACGAACAUCGAACUCUCGGAGGAAUAUCUGCGAGAUAUGGAAGAUAAGCUGAGCCGGUUUGAGACGAUUCGGGAGAACAUGUAUCACUGCGAUAAGGUCAUCAGCAAGGAGGCGAAGAAGAUGAAUUGCGACUGUUUCCUCACAACGGAGGAAAUCGAUCGAGGAGAGCUGGGCUGCGGCGAGGAUUGUCUGAACCGAUUGCUGAUGAUCGAGUGUGGAUCGCGUUGUACAAUUGGGGAACGGUGCACGAACAAGCGCUUCCAGAAGUUGGAAUAUGCAAACUGCCAAGUAUUCCGGACGGAGAAGAAAGGCUUCGGCAUCCAGGCCAGUACGGAGAUCGUCCCAGGCGAUUUCAUCAUGGAGUACGUUGGGGAGGUUCUGAACAGCGAGCAGUUUGACGAACGGGCUGAGUUGUACUCCAAGGAGAAGAACCAGCACUAUUACUUCAUGGCGCUGAGGAGUGAUGCCAUAAUUGAUGCCACCACGAAGGGAAACAUAUCCCGAUUCAUAAACCACUCGUGCGACCCUAAUGCGGAGACUCAGAAGUGGACCGUCAACGGAGAACUCAGAAUUGGGUUCUUCUGUACCAAGUACAUAAUGCCAGGAGAAGAAAUCACCUUCGACUAUCAGUUCCAACGCUACGGUCGGAGGGCUCAGAAGUGCUAUUGUGAAGCGGAGAACUGCACCGGCUGGAUCGGUGGAGAUCCUGGCAGCGACGGCGAGUCGGAAUACGAGGAUGAAGAAGAGGUUGAGGAGAGCGAAGAAGAGGAGGAGGAGGUCAAGCCGGAAGUUCCGCCAAUUGUUCCGGCAGUGGUUGAAUCGCCGGUGGAAGCGGUUAAAAGUGAAGAAUCGAUACCACUUGAGGGUGAAGCGAAGCCACAGGUUGAAGGGGAACCGGACGCCACAAAGCCGAUCGCCGUAGAACCGACCGUUGACAAACCACCCGAGCCGAAACCCAAGAAGGUGCGAAAACGCAUCGAACGCCCCAAAAAACGUCGUCCGCAAAUUCACGAAGAUCCGGAUCUGGAGCAGGAGAUCAAUCAUCUGCUCAAGACCGGUCUCAAGAACCAAGCUCAAACACUGAAACUGUCCCGUCUGAUGGUCCGCGCCAAGGAUAUCAAAUCCCGAAGCAGACUGCUGACGAUCCUCCAAAGUGGAGAGCUGCCCUGUCGACGGCUAUUCCUGGACUACCACGGUUUGCGGCUGCUCUACGGAUGGAUCUGCGAGUCCACUGAAUCCAUUGAAGAUCUCAAAUUCCGCAUCCAGAUUCUGGACACUCUCGAUCGCUUACCCAUUCCAAACAAAACCAUGCUGAAGGACAGCAAGAUCAUGCAAACGAUCGAGAAGUGGGCCAAAAUCGAGAAGCUCAAGGAAAAGGAAAAGGAACCAGAGAAGGAGAAGGAAUCGAGCAGCAGUUCUCCGAGUGAUAGCAACGGAGGAGGCAGCGAUAGCAACACCAGCUCCGAUGCCAAGAAGCAGGAAGUCGUCGGCAGCGCAGAAGUCUUGAAGAACAUGCCGGAACUGUUGAAGAUUGCUGACUUAGGAAAACUGAAGGAGAUCAUCAGCAGCACCUGCUCGGAGAAGGAAGGGACGACGGACAAGGAGAAACUUUCUGCACCACCAGCCCCGGAGACCACCAUCGCGUCGACAGUCAGCUUGAUCGAUUCCAUCGAAAUUCCGGAACCGGAAGACGAAAACGCCCCCGAAGAGAAACGGCUGGGAACGCAAAUCCGCAUCCUUUCCUGUAAACUACUCAUCAGUUGGAUCAAUCUGAAAGAGGUAUUCCGGAUCCCGAAGAAAGAACGAAUCGAACAGAUGAAGGAGCACGAACGUGAAGCCGAUUUGCGCUACAAAGCGCUCGGCCUCGGUGACGAUGAUUCAUCUUCACUGCGGCACGCUUCCAGCCGGUUCUUCGAUCGCUCCCGUGAACUCAAACGGCGCAAAUCGAUGGACGAUCGAGAACUCCUAAACUUCCCCAAGAUGAAGCGCCCGCUCAACACUGCCAGUCCAAUGCCCAAAAUGGACCACCUCUCGAAGCAACAGCGGCGCCAGCUGUUCGAAAUGAAGGUCGCCCACGAAGAAGCCGAACGGCGCAACAAAGAACUCUGGAUGCAACACGAAAGCAACUGCCUCAAGUUCGGUCUCAAUCCGCACCACACCAACCCGAUGGAUGUGCCUGCCAAAAUGAAUCCUGCCACCGGAGAGUAUUACUCGGCCGACGAUCGGCCCCUUCCCAGACCCCCCAGUCACAUGUACUUGAAGGUGCAACCGCCACCCAUGCCAACCAAUCCCGAAGACUACGAACUGCCCCCAAUGGAUCUACCUCCGCUAUGGAAGUUCGCGAUCGACGAACGAGGUCGCCUGUACUACUUCCACGUUAAGGAUCGUGUUCCUCAGUGGGAACCACCGAAGAAGAACAACCCCAACGGACCCGGGCAGGGUCUGCGCGACGAGGAUAUCUCCAUGAGCUCCGACUCGAGCACAACCGACACCGAGGACUCGGAGGAGGAAUAUCUGAACACACAGCUGGAUCAGUUGCUCAAGAAGAAGAAGAAACAACAAUCUAGCUUCAAUUUGGACGACGUUCUCGCUAAGCCGGACGACAUGAAUGACGAUCUGUCGAAAACGAUCAGGGAUCUGGAGGCGGGAGAUUCGUCUCCCCAGGCCAGCAGCAGUGGCGAAAAACUGUUCGGCAGUGAAUCGUUCGAGAAGACGGCCGAAGAGCUGAUGCAGCACCGCAAGCGCAAGCACAGCAACAGGCUCGUCCAGGAGAAGAUCAUCAGCCCCCGAACGGAGGAGGACAAACUGUACGGCCAGAUGGAGAUGAAACGAUACAAGGAAACCAAAGAAAAGCUCCGGCGACGGAAGGAGGAAGCCAAGAGGCUGCGAGCGCGAAGCAUGCUGGACAAGUCACUUUCCGAUAGUCCCUUCAGUGGGUCAUAUUCCGGGGAGGCGUUGGACCGAAGCGCCACGGAAAGUUCGCUCAUCGACGACGAUCUUGUCGUUUCACACAAAAUCGUCGACGACAAGUGCAUCGUCGACGAGUUGGACAUUCUGACCAAGAAGAAGAAGAUCUCCCCCUACGAGGAGUGGCAAAAGGUCAAGCAACGGUUGGGCAAGAAGCGCGCCGCGAAGCUGGGCGAAAGUUCCUCAUUCGGUGGAUCAUCUUCCGUGGCGUCUUCCUCGUCGCUGAGCUCGUCGAAAAUUGGCAAGCGGAAGAAGUCCGACCGGUUAGAUCUCAACAGCGACGAAGCUCGCAAAAUCAAGGAAAAGUUCCGCGGCGAAAUAGCCGGGGUAAUUGUACAGCAUUUGGGCGCGUAUCGGAAGGAUUCCUGUCAGACGGGUCGCAUCACCAAUACUGAGGAUUUCAAGCAUUUGGCACGAAAGCUCACCCAUUUUGUCCUUGUAAAAGAACUGAAGCACUGCGACAACACCAUCAACGAGCUGGAAGUGACGGAUUCGGUGCGCACCAAGGCCCGGGAGUUCAUCAAAAAGUACAUGGCCAAACACGGGACGAUAUAUGUGCGAGGCGACAACGAACCCGAUUACGCGAGCAUCAAUCUCUGAGAGGAGGCCAAGGGAAGAGCGGAACCUGCCAAGGAUCCGCCGGCUUCCCAAGAGUAAGUACAAGAAGUACACUGCAACAUGGAUUACAAUUUGGUAAGUUAUUUUAGGGAUAUUUUAUUGCCUUGAAUAAUUAAGUUAGCGCGAUUGAUUUUUAAACAGCUUAAAUUGAGUAGAAGCGUUUGUGUCUAAUUUAUAUAGGAGAUUUAUGUUAAUGUGUGAAUAAUGUAUUCUAAGAGAAUAUGAAGUAUGAAGCGUGCGAUUGAUCGUAAAUUGAUCAAUUUAGCGCAAAAUUGUUCUGAAAUAAAUGAGAAAUCA